AUCAUUCAAAAACUCUCCCAAAAAAAACAAAAAAAAAACAUAAACAUUAAAAAAGAUUAAACAAAAAACAAAAAAAUGGCAAAAAUUUCAUUAGCAUUAGGUCUAUUGCUACUAGUAGCAUUAAGUGAGGUCUACGAAGUGCAAGGGACGUUCUUAUUUAGGCAUUACUUGAGGAAAUUUCCCAGAAGGUCCAGAGACUUUCGACCAUUCGCUUGCAAGGGUAUGUUGAAGUUCGUGGACGUUUUGGAGGUUAGGUGUCCAUUGAAGCCACAAUAUAAGAGCUUCUUCGGAAACCUAAGAUCUUACAUGAACUUCAUAAACUCUGCGUCCGGGUCGAAAAACUUUGAUGCCGAGCUAAAAGGGAAAGCCCAGGGUCUUCUCUCAGCUAUGUCUGCAAUGAGUGGCAAAGGCGGAGCAUCGGCUGAUUCUAGCAAGGUUAUGGAUACAUUGUUGUCAAUGGGAAAGACUUUGGGCAACCAGCAGCAGAGCGGUUCAACGGUAAUGUCGUUUGGACAAAGGAAAGAGAUGAUCAUGUCUAUGGUGAAAUGGGCACAAACAAUUGGUCAAUUUGUCGCGAGUGCUGCAGCAAAGAGCGGUAACAAAAUCGAUAUAUCAUCUUUAGGAAUUGAUGGUAUUGAUGCUAAUGCUGCCGCCGGAGCUGGAGAUUCUACUGCCACUGGAACUGGAAGUUCUGGCGCGACAACUGGAGGUUCUACCACUGCUGGCUCAGAUACGGCAGCUGGAGGCACUACCGCUGCUGGCGCUGGUACUGCAGCUGGAGGUUAUACCGCUACUGGCUCUGGUACCGCAGCUGGCACUGGUACCACAACUGGCGCUGGUACAGCAGCUGGCUCUGGUACUGCAGCUGGAGGUUAUACAACUACUAACUCUGGUACCGCAGCUGGCGCUGGUACAGCAGCUGGAGGCACUACCGCCGCUGGCCCUGGUACCGCAGCUGGAGGCACUACCGCCGCUGGCGCUGGUACCGCAGCUGGAGGCACUACCGCCGCUGGCGCUGGUACCGCAGCUGGAGGCACUACCGCUGCUGGCAGUGUAAGUGGAAGCUAUGGCAGUAGUGGAGGAAGUGCUUCAAACACCAAUGUUGGAACUAACAGUUGCACCACAAAUGCGUGUUCUAAUGGUGGUGGAGCCUCCUUCAAAGGUGCUAUGAACUUUCAAGGAAAGGCAUCCUCUCGGUCUCAAGAAGCCGCGUCAACCCAAACUUCAGAUGGCUCCAGUUAGAAAAGGGCCGACCUAGCAUAUAUAUAAACGUAUUAAUAUUAUUUAAAUAAGAAGACGGCCCUGCUAACAUAUUAAAGCAGCGAGCUGUAGAAUGUUUGGCUUUAUAUAUCUAAGCCUAUUUUUUAUAAUAUAUAUGAGAAGAUUUUGUAUUAA